AUGUCUGAAUUCGAUUUACCUUUACCUUAUUCUGGUGCUUCAAACGAUUUCCGUUCUGACACUUUCACCACUCCUACAAAAGAGAUGAUCGAAGCUGCUUUGACUGCUUCUGUCGGUGAUGCUGUUUACGGUGAAGAUUCUGACACUGUCCUAUUGGAAAAAACUUUGGCCAAAAUGGCAGGUAUGGAAGCAGGUUUGUUCUGUGUUUCGGGUACCUUGUCAAACCAAAUCGCUUUGAGAACUCAUUUGUUCCAACCUCCAUAUUCCAUCUUAUGUGAUUACAGAGCUCACAUCUAUACUCAUGAAUCUGCUGGUUUGGCUAUAUUGUCUCAAGCUAUGGUCGUUCCUGUAAUUCCUUCAAACGGUAACUACUUGACCCUAGAAGAUAUCAAAUCUCACUAUGUUCCAGACGAUGGUGACAUUCACGGUGCUCCAACCAAGAUUAUCUCUUUGGAAAAUACUUUGCACGGUAUCGUUCAUCCUUUGGAAGAAUUGGUUCGUAUUAAGGCUUGGUGUAUGGAAAAUAACUUGAAAUUACACUGUGACGGUGCCAGAAUCUUUAACGCUGUUGCCCAAGCUGGUGUCCCAUUAAGACAAUACGGUGAAAUUUUCGAUUCCAUCUCCAUCUGUUUAUCCAAAUCCAUUGGUGCUCCAAUCGGUUCCGUCUUGGUUGGUGACUUGAAAUUCGUCAAGAAGGCUAACCACUUUAGAAAGCAACAAGGUGGUGGUAUUAGACAAUCUGGUAUGAUCAGUAAAAUGGCUUUGGUCUGUGUCAACGGUGACUGGAAAACUAAGUUAUUAUAUUCCCAUUCCUUGGCUCACAGCUUGGCCGCCUACUGUAAAGAAAUCGGUGUUCCAUUGGAAUCUCCUGCUGAUACCAACUUUGUCUUCAUCGAUUUGGCUAAGGCUAGAAUGGACCCAGAUGUUUUGGUAAAGAAAGGUUUGAAAUACGGUGUCAAAUUGAUGGGUGGUAGAGUUUCUUUCCACUACCAAAUCUCCGAACAAUCUUUGGAAAAAGUCAAGUUGGCCAUCGGUGAAGCUUUUGAAUAUUCAAAAGCUCAUCCUUUCAACUCUAACGGUGCCACUAAGAUUUAUCGUAGUGAAUCCACUGAAAAGAUGGAUGUAGACGGCAAUGCUAUUCAUGACGUUAAGACUUACAAAUAUUAG